AGCGGCGGGGCAGGGAUAGAGGGGGGGGGGCGGUGGGGAACGAGCGUCGGUACCGGGGGGGAGAUGAACGUGGGCCCAAUGGAGCUGCUGAAGAAAUGGCUGAGCCACCCUCAGGACAUUUACAACCUGCUGCGGUUCAAGAUGGGAGGCUACCGGACCGUCAUGCCGCCGGUAGACCCGGAAUCGCUGGGACGGGGACUCCGAACCUGCUACCGGUACCUCAACCAGACCAGCCGGAGCUUCGCCGCUGUGAUCCAGGCCCUGGAUGGAGAGCUGAGACAUGCUGUCUGUAUAUUCUACCUCGUCCUCCGUGCUCUGGACACUGUAGAGGAUGACAUGACCAUCAGCUUAGAGGUCAAGGUCCCAAUGCUCCACAAGUUUCACACCUAUCUCUAUCAACCAGAGUGGAAAUACAUGGAGAGCAAGGAGAAGGACAGGCAGGUGCUCGAGGACUUCCCAACGAUCUCCAUGGAAUUCAGGAACCUGUCAAAAGUCUACCAGGAUGUGAUUUCAGAUAUCUGCCACAAGAUGGGUGUGGGGAUGGCAGAGUUCUUGGAGAACAAGGUGGACUCUCUGGAUGAAUGGGAUAAGUAUUGUCACUACGUUGCUGGGCUGGUGGGCAUUGGCCUUUCCCGUCUCUUCUCUGCAUCAGAGCUUGAAGAUCCCAUUGUUGGGCAGGACACAGAGCUGGCCAACUCCAUGGGCCUCUUCCUACAGAAAACCAACAUCAUCCGUGACUAUCUGGAGGACCAACAGUCAGGAAGGGAGUUCUGGCCCAGAGAGGUUUGGAGCAGAUAUGCCAAGAAGCUCUCAGAUCUUGCCAAACCAGAGAACAUUGAUAUGGCUGUCCAGUGUCUGAAUGAGCUCAUCACCAAUGCCCUCCACCACGUUCCUGAUGUCCUCACGUACUUAUCCCGCCUGAAAAACCAAAGUGUCUUCAACUUCUGUGCUAUCCCCCAGGUGAUGGCUAUUGCCACGUUGGCUGCUUGCUAUAACAACCAGCAGGUGUUCAAAGGGGUGGUGAAAAUCCGGAAGGGACAAGCUGUCACUCUUAUGAUGGAUGCCACAAACAUACAAGCUGUCAAAGCCAUCAUGUACCAGUAUGUGGAAGAGAUCUACCAGAAGAUCCCAAGCACUGACCCCUCAUCCAACAAGACACAGCAGAUCAUCUCCUCCAUCCGUGCCCUGAGUUUGCCCAACAGCUCCAUGGCAUCCCGGCACCACUACUCCCCCAUCUACCUGUCCUGUGCCAUGCUCCUGGCUGCAUUGAGCUGGCAGUACCUCAGCACCAUCUCCAAGGCCACUGAGGACUAUGUCCAGGCAGGGGAGAACUGAUGAGCCAGGAGGUGGGUGGGGGGAAAGAGAUGGUGGUCAGUGGCUGGGCAGGAUGCUCCUUGUCCCCUGCAGGUGGGGCUGGUCAGGCAGAAAGGUGCCAUGGGGCCUGGGAGGUGAGGAGGAGAGGACAGCAGUGAGCUGCAGCCCUGGGGUGAUGGGGCAGCAUUGCUGGAGUCUGCUCCUCACCACCCUUGCCAUCUGCUGGGAUGGUUACCAAUGCUGAUUGGAGUCUUACUGUUUGGGAUUGAGGUUUUUUUCCCUUAUGUUUUUGUUUGUUCGUUUGUUCUGUUGUGGUUUUUUUGUUUGUUUUGUUUUUUUUUUUCCAGCUUGGAUGGUUUUAAAUAGAAACUCUGGUUGCCUCUUUUCUUGCUUGAGAUUUGAGGCAACUUUCCAGCUCAGAGCUGAGGCAAAACCCACCUUGGUUUUGCUUCUUUUUUCGUAGACAACCUCUUCCCCAUCACCUCUGGUACCUGCUCUGCACUGGAAGGACACUUCUUUAGCUGGGAGAGGAACACAUUUCCUUAUCCAAGGAAGAAUCUCUGGCCACCUUCUGGCCUGCAGCCCAGGCUGGUUGAUUUCCUGCAGCUUGGCAACAGGCAGAGGCAAUCUUCAUAUUGCUGUCGUGGUGCUGAAGGAGGCUCCUGGGCUUGGAAGAAGCCCUUUUAAUCAUAAAUGCAUAAAAGGGAGGAUGCUCUGUCCACUUCAAGGUGCCCCUAGCUGAAAUGCACCUCUUGCAGCCCCCUGCCCUCUCAAAGCUUCAUAGUUUAGCAGCUGGGGAGGUGGUGAAACAGAAGAGAUGGGAGCUGCCUGCAUGGCCCUGAGCUAAUAACCCCA